CUGGGUUUCCCUGCGUGCGUCGGCUCCCGGGUGGCUGCCAGGCUGGGCUGGGGGGACCCGCGCCCGCUCAGAGCCGAGGGGAUGGAGCCCGUGAGCGUUGGCAGCUGCAUCCUUGAGUAGGACUCCUCCUCCUCCCGCUCCCCUGCUUGGAGGACAUGCAACAGCACCUGGCCUGGAGAGAGCUGGAUUCUUGCAUGGUUGAUGUUAGUAGCACUCCAUGGGUGACUGUUUAGCCUGAGUCGAGCAAUGCUCCCUUCAUUCCACGCAGAAGAGAGUGCUGCCUUCAUCGGACUUGUUCACCCAAAUGUUUCAGAUGAUAUCUGGCUCUGCAUUAAUUGUCAUGAUGGCUGACAAUAAAACAAAGUCCACUAAACCUGCAAACAAGACUCCUCCAAAGUCUCCUGCAGAUCCGGCAAAAGAGCGAGCAGCCAAAAGGCUAUCUUAUGAGUCAAACAGUUCCCACGAAGGGGCCAUGGCAGCAGAGCUUAGUGCUCUAGAAGAGGCUUUUAGAAAAUUUGCCAUCCACGGAGAUACCAGAGCCACAGGAAAAGAACUGCAUGGGAAAAACUGGUCAAAAUUAUGUAAGGACUGUCAUGUGAUAGAUGGGAAGAAUGUGACAAUCACGGAUGUUGACAUUGUCUUCAGUAAAAUCAAGGGAAAAUCUUCUAGGACGAUUACUUUUGAUCAAUUUAAGGACGCUCUUCAAGAACUCUCCAAGAAACGAUUUAAAGACAAGAGCAAUGAGGAAGCAGUUCAAGAAAUACAUAAACUAAUCGAAGGAAAAGCCCCGAUCAUAUCUGGAGUAACGAAAACCAUUUCAUCUCCAACUGUAUCACGACUUACAGACACGUCAAAAUUCACUGGUUCCCACAAAGAGAGGUUUGAUCCAAGUGGGAAAGGAAGAGGCAAAGCAGGACGAGAAGACCUGGUUGACGCGUCGGGCUAUGUGCCUGGGUACAAGCACGCAGGCACAUAUGAUCAUAAAGUACAAGGAAGCAACCCUAGUUCAUACGGCCGUUGAGAGCCUGACCUGAAGUCAAUGGGAUUUGCAUCAAGCCCAAAUUGAAGGCCAAGUCCUGCAAGUUGCUGAGCCCCAUCAACUCCUGUUGACUUCACUGUUCAUCACUAGGAAGCUGCCUCAGCUAGUGUGACAGGCUGUACCCACUCCUGCAGUGCGAGAUGUAGGAGCUAUCACAUCUUUGAAGUGCUGCUGAUCCCACAGAGUGUCAAGGCUUCAAAGAGUGCUGCUGUGCUCUACUGCUACACAAGUGUGGCAGGGCACAGAAGUGACGAGAUUCAAAGUUGUGGCUCUGGGUGUUUGAGAAGCCUUACAACAUAAAGGGACUGACUGUGUACAGGAGUUCCAUGUUUGGAGAGUGUGCGGAUCCGGACCCUAAGGCUAGUGGGUGCAGGUUGUAGUUAAACUUUCCCAGUUGGGGGUGGUCAGACAAUUAUUUAAUGACAAUUGACGUUGCAAGUCAAAAAAGGUAGCUUUGCAACCGUUAAAACACAAAUUGUAGAAUCAUAGAAUAUCAGGGUUGG